AUGGCCCAUGUGGUUGAGAACGGAGGUUGGAAGCUUGGACAAGGACUCCAAAUGACUGUUGAGGCCAAGCAAAGUGUGUCGGAGUCAGGCAUCCCCCGGAGGGGCCGCGAGAGGCCACUGUGUAAAGAUGUGAAGUUUAACCCUCCAGAUGUGAAGGUUGUGGAAUUGGCUACAGCAGGAACAGGCGGAGCCUGGGCAACCAUAAGCAGCAAAGUCUCUCGCGACACCCUGUACAAGGUGGUGCGAGAGGUCCUGCACGGGAACCAGCGCAAACGCCGCAAGUUUCUGGAAACGGUGGAGCUGAAGAUCAGCCUGAAGAACUACGACCCGCAGAAGGACAAGCGUUUCUCGGGCACUGUCAGGCUCAAGUCCACCCCUCGCCCCAAGUUCUUGGUGUGAGUCCUGGGGGACCAGCAGCACUGCGAUGAGGCCAAGGCCAUGGAUAUCCCCCUCAUGGACAUCGAGGCACUGAAGAAGCUCAAUAAGAACAAGAAGUUGGUCAAAAAGCUGGCCAAGAAGUAUGCCGCCUUUCUGGCCUCUGAGUCUCUGAUCAAGCAGAUCCCGCGUAUCCUGGGCCCAGGCCUGAACAAGGCUGGCAAGUUCCCUUCCCUGCUGACACACAAUGAAAACAUGGUGGCCAAAGUGGACGAGGUGAAGUCCACGAUCAAGUUCCAGAUGAAGAAGGUGCUAUGUCUGGCUGUCGCUGUCGGCCACGUGAAGAUGACUGACAACGAGCUGGUCUACAACAUCCACUUGGCUGUCAAUUUCUUGGUGUCCUUGCUCAGGAAGAACUGGCAAAAUGUCCGGGCUUUGUAUAUCAAGAGCACCAUAGGCAAGCCCCAGCGUCUUUACUAGGAUGCCCCAAUAAACCUUCGUG